UAACCACCGCGUCCAAGAAUCAAUCAUCGUCGUCUACUCGACUCAUCCAUCCAUCAUCCAUCGCCCGAAUUCCUCCGUCUCCCUCCCACCCAUCGACUCCCGCGCGCGCGCUCGCAGAAGAGAAAGGCGUCGACCGGAUCGGGAUGAAGCAGGAGAAGGGGCAGGGCGGCGGCGGGAGGAAGCUGGGGCGGUGGCUGGGGGCGCCGGUGCGGGCGCUGUCGCGGGCGUGCGACUCGUACGUGCGCAAGAUGUCGGCGUGCGCGGGGGCCAUGCCCACGCAGUACGCGGGCGCCAUGGGCCGCGGCGGGGCCGGGGCCAUGCACAUGCAGGCGGCCACCUUCAGCUCGCGCUCCACGCGCCGGGCGGACGACGACGUCAGCGAGUUGGUCCGCGCCAUGUCCCAGCGCCAGCAGGGCAGCAGCGCCUCCCCCGCGGCCGCGGCCGUGCCGCCCAGGAGCCGGAGCGUGGGGGUGGGCAGGAUCGACGAGGACGCGCCGUGCGACUUCGGCGCCGACGCCGGGCGCGUCGGCCUGCCCCCGCCGGCCGUGCGCAGGAGCCGCAGCGCCGCCGUCGGGAGCGGCCUCCCGCCGCGCGUCGGCGGGGGCGGGGGUUUCGGCGCCGCGACGAUCAAGAAGGUCCCCGCUGCCGGCGUCGUGCACGGCGGCUAA